AAAACGAACAUGCGCACAAAUAAUCGUAAACAUUGGAAUGCUGAUUGUAAAGCAGACACACGCUUUAAUCAAUGUUAAACUAUUCUGAUAAUACAAAACCAAAUUUACAUUUACGUUUUACAUUUUUCAAAUAAAAGAAAAGUGUAAAUUUCUAACUUAUAUGGUAUAAAUUAUGCUGUUUAAGUGGAAUAUUUUCUGAUAAAAGGGGAAAAUUUUAAGUAAUUUGGAACAUGUGAAUACAUUAUAGUGUCAAUAAUACAUAGCGAUUGGUGCAAAAUGAAUUGGAUAAACAAGCAUAGCUCAGUGUUGAAUCACACGUAGCGACAUCCAGAAAGAAACAAGAAGAGAAAGAGGAAGUGCAACAUUUUGUAAAUAUGCCAACAGCCCAGUCAUCACAAGACCGGGUUCACCUUUUUCGCCUCCAAACUCUUAUUAUAGAUGGAGGCACUACAGUCAUAAGGAACAUAAUUGACCAGAAGCGCUCCAAUGUGCCGUUUAAUGUGUUUCUUAGUCAUGAACAGACCGCAGUAAAGGCACUGGUGGGCAGGAAGAUAGUAACGAAAGCACAGUACAAUUUGCUGUAUCCACAAGGUGGUAAUCCUCCUUCUAUCACUGACCUUGACCUAACUCUUGCGACAUGCCUGCUGAGAAGCCUGAAAAGUUUCGGGCUAAACCCUAGAUAUAACUGGAGUGCAACACCGCAGCAAACUGACAAUUCCAUUGAGGCAGAUUUAUGUCGUCUAAGAAAUACACGAAAUGAGAUAGCGCAUAGUCCGUCUACGACGGGGAUAGACCAGGCAACAUUCCAGGUUAAGUGGAAUGAAAUCGAGACGGUAACUAUACUUUUUAGUCGGCUUUACCAAGACCUUUUAAUGAGACUGUGUAUGGUAAUUCUGACUAGAAAAUGGACUGACAAUCUUUAUUUGUGACAUGUGGUAUUUACU